CCAAUCUCCGGUAAUAUGUAGAACGAAACUUUUAUCACCAUUGGAAAAUCAGAUGUGUUGUUUAUCAAGACAAAUUAGUGAUCAAACGAUUGGAAAAAAGAAUUUCAAGCAACUGGCAGCUGAUAUCAAUGGUCUUAUGUUAUCGUAUUCACAUUACAAGGACCUCCUCACGACCGGUGAUAAUAAUUUAGAAAAUAUGAAGUCCUUUUUUGAAACAUUUGCCAUAACAAUGUGUGAAGACUCCUCCCAUGAUCUGAUUGGUUUGAGGUCUAGUUCAUUUCAACAAUACCACGAAUUCAGUGUGAAUGAUAUCCUCAGGAACAGUGAGGAAUUUUCUAAAAUUUAUCAAUGUCCUCGUGGUUCGAAAAUGAAUCCUGUGAAUCAAUGUACUUUUUAGAAACAUAAAGUGAUCAUCUUUGUGUUCACAUGUGUGAGAAUAUGUUUCCAGAGUACCCGAAUAUUUAAUUGUGUAUGUAGAUGUCUUUAUGUUGUUAUCUACUUUUCUAAAUAUAAUAAUGAUUUAAACAUGAAUGCUGAAAGUUUUUAUUUCAUUUUCGAAUUCCAACAUUUUGAUUCAAACACGUCAAUUAUUA